GAAACAGGACCAGAAUUCACCUACAAGCCGCAGCUAUAACAGUAACACACAAAUCACAUACAUGACAAAAGGAUUUAUUUAAAAGCACUUCAUCCUUUCCACGGAAGUUUAACCUUGACGUAACUGGUGCCUUCAUUUCUGUUGUCGAUUGUCUAUUUCGCCACCUGUUAUUAACUCAAACAUUAUUCAGAGCGAUUGCAUACAGAGCAAUUUUAGCUCUAGAGAGAUUCGAAAGAACAACUAAAGUGCAUUUAAGCGGUUUAUGUAGAGGUGUCAAUAGAGUGUAACUAUUUAUUUAUCAAAGAAAGUCAUGAAGUUCAAAGUUUCGGUUGUUCUAGUUGCCUUUGUGUUUUUGAUUCACUGUUUAAGCGAAGUGACAGCUUCUAACAAAUUAAUCGUUGUUUUAGUUGAUGGAGUCAGAUGGGAUUAUCUAAACGACAAAAAUUUGAAAGGAUUUCGUCGCAUAAUGGAAAAUGGAGUAAGAGCUCCGUAUGUAAAUCCUGUUUUUCCAUCUCUGUCGUAUCCUAACUGGGAAACUUUAGUUACAGGUCUGUAUCCUGAAAACCAUGGUUUUGUUGGUAAUCAUAUAUACGACAACGCUUCUGACAGCGUUUUCGCAAUGCUCCCGAAACCUGGUGCGGAUGAUGCGCGUUGGUGGAACGAUGCCGAACCUAUUUGGAUAACCGCCGAAAAAAACAGCAAAAGAUCAGCGAUGUACUGGUGGGCCGGAUGCGAGGUGGAGAUCAGAGGAUCCCAUCCAACUAUUUGUGAGAGGUGGUCCACGAAUUACGAGGGCCUCCCGUCAAAAGAAACAAGAACCGAUUUUCUGGAAAGAAUUGAUGACGUCGUUCAACUGUUCAAACCAUCCAAAAAGUUCUCAGCCGAUAGGUUAUCGUUAGUUCUCAUGUAUUACGACUCUGUUGAUUAUGCAGGCCAUAUGCAUGGUCCAAAGUCAGCAGAAGUGACAGAAGCUCUACAAGAUAUUGAUGAGAUUUUAAACAAAAUGCAGCAGAAAAUAAAGGAUGCUCACCUUGAAGACGAGGUGAACAUCAUGGUCUUGUCUGACCAUGGCAUGACAGAUGCAAGAGAAAAUGUCCUCAGGUAUAUCGAUUUGACAAAAUACGCUGACAAAAUAAAACACCAACUGGAUUUCGGUGCUGUGUCUGGAAUCGUUCCCCAACCCGGAAUGCUAAACAAACUGGUGCAAGAGAUUGCUAAUGAUAAAACAGAAGGACUUCGAAUCUACAAGAAAGAUGAUAUACCAGAAAAUUAUCACCUGAAAGGCAGUUAUAAGACUGCUCCGAUACUUCUAAUAGCUAAUAAAGGGUAUUACAUCCAAAGCCUAAGCAAAGUAAAAAUGCAAGGCCAUCAUGGUUAUGAUCCAGUAGAAGUACCGGACAUGAGAACCAUUUUUCUUGCCUCAGGACCAGAUUUUCGAAAAGGACACACGACUGCGCCUUUAUCCACUCUUGAUAUGUAUAAUGUGAUGUGUCACGUCCUUGACAUUCCACCUCUCCCAAAUAACGGGUCUUUGGAACGUGUUCAGUCCAUGUUUACGAGAAAGAAAAACCUAUCACCCAAUUCAAUAUCCAUAACAUCAGCAGCUUCAUCUGCUAAAAGUAGCUCCUGUUUUAUACAUUCCAUGAUUAUAAUUUACUCUUCUCUGUUUACAAUGAUGUUUUUAAAAUUUCUGUAAAUAUUCCAUCAAUAUUCCACAUAAAAUUGCCAUACUUCAUUAAUUGUGUGAAAUCGUCUACUAAAUAGAUUAGUAGCGUGUAGCAAAAGAUGACUGUAUAAAACAAUUGACAUUAAAAUAUAGAUAAUGUUGUAUUUAUUAAAAGUUGAGAUAGAGAAACUUUCUUUUGUUGUGUUCAUGAAAGAAUUUAAAAAUAUCAUAGGUUAUUUAUUAGAUGUUACUUUAUUAUUUUCAUUAUUAUCACUAAUUAUAAUUUUAUGUUAUUAAUUAAAAAUUUUAUAAUUGUUAUUUAUAAUGCAAAUAGAAUUAUUAAUUUUUUUCUACCAGAAAAAAUGUUGCAUUUAAUAGGUGUGAAAGGGAAAAUACUGUGCAGUGAGCAAUUCCACGUAAAUUCCAAUAAUUUAACCCAGGAGGAUGCGCAUGAGGCUCCAAAGCGCGAGAUUUUAAAAAAUAUAUGACAGCAAAUCGGGUUUUCAGCAGAAUAACAGCAGUUUCAAUAUAACAGCAUUUAAACUCCUUUCGAAUGAUUAUAGGCAUUUCGAAAUGUCCCCUAUUUUCUUGUUUCAGAAAACAGAUAGAUUUCUGAACUUUUAAUGUCCGAUGCGCAAGCUCACAUUUCAAUGUUGGAUUAUUUAGAAGAAGGCCAUAAUUAAGUUUUAUUUCUAAAUUCUCUGGAUCUGCAAAACCGGAUGCGUAUCUUUAAAUAACAUUAAAAAAAAAAAAAACGCGCGUCUUCGCCGGUAAAAUUGAGGGGAAUGGCUUUGGAUCACAUUCCUAUAUCGUGGUAGGGACAUAUAUCAAGAUAGAUCCCUCAAUUUUGUUUCUCAUACUGUUCGAGAAUUCUCAGACAUUGAAAGGAAUUGACACUUCCUUCCUUUUGCGGGUUAUCCGCGCCUGCCGCACUAAGUUUUCUUUUUUUUUCCUUCCAAGCAAAGAGAAAAUGCUUCCAAAGCAAGAAGCAAACACAAAUGACUGAUUUCUUCAAAAAGGUGUAGUUUUACAGUUAUGCUUUUGUAAUUACAUAAUGCAUUACAGUAUUAAAACAGUACAUAUGUAUUAAUUUUUCUGUGCAUCCUUGACGCCUCUCGUAAGUACAAAGCACUUUUCUGUUUUCAUUAACAAAAUGCAUUUUAGGUUAGUUUUGAGUGAUAUACUAAAACAUCAAGCGUUAGUGAAACAUUUCCUGCUGUUUAUUUUACGUUUUAUUGUACAUAAAACGAUUUUUCAAAGUUGGAAUGACUGUUUUCUCUUUUGCUAUACGCGUUUUUAGCUUUUUUCGGAUUAUCCGCGAUUAAUGUUAUCCGCGGCGGCCGCGCCACCCAAUUCCGCGGAUAAUCGGGAGUGUACUGUAUUUAGAAAAGCCUCCUCUUGAAAGCAAUGGUAAAAAUUUCCAUCUGCAAAUAUUGUCAGAUCUGGCGUUUCUCAUAAAAAUAGACUAUUUUUUUGAGCGAUUUUAUCGACAUUCAUUUGAAAUGAGAACUAUUAAAUGAAUCCAUUACGUGUAGAGAAAUUCCAUAUAAUUGUUGCAUUGCUUUAUCACUAUAUAAACGAAUAUUUUAUAAAUUUAAUAGAUACCUAGAAAUUUUUGACGUAUUUAAAAGAGAUCAUGGAGAUAAGUGCAGAAAUCAGGGAAGAAGAGGGAUGUUUGGAAAUCCUUAUACAAGAGUUUCUACAAUUCAGUUUUUAGGGAAAUCACUUUGAAAGGAAAUCGGAAUUUUUUACAAUUAUUCUUUGAACACAUCGAGAAGCUAGCCAGGCCAUUUUACGGCCGUUCGAAAAUAAGUGUACAAUAUAGCUGAAGUCAACUAACAAUAAAUCAACAUAAAGAGUCAGUUUGAAUUGCUUGACAUUAUUUCUUAAAUUCAACUGAAUUAAUAAAAAAAAGGAAAAGAAAAAAAAAAUCCAACAAGUACAUAUUGUAUCCAUUUUUUAACUAAGAAGAAGUCAAAAGCUGCUAGGCAAGCAAAGUUCAACUUUAUUAUCUUAAAUUAGUUUAAUAAAGCUUUUUAAAUUUUAUCCUUUAUUUAAAUAAAAUGUUCGAUUUUUAAACCAAAUUAAAUUAAUAUUUACAUUUAUAUUUAUGGAGUUUAUAAAAAACAGUGUUCUUACUCCUACUUCACAAAGUUUUAGGCAAAAGCCAUAUGUGCGGAAUUAUCUACCAAUGGGGGGUAAUACCGCGUAAAUAAACUUUUUUGAAAAUUGAUUAUUCUAAAAAAGCAAAUUGAUUUAACGAAAAAGAACUGCUGCUACUUUACACUUAAUGGAUAUUAAAAGUUGGUCAGUAAAAAUUUACUGUUACAAAACUCUCUUAGGUGAUCGAAAUUCGCUCACUUUUACGUUUGCUACAAAAACUAACGAACAACGUUGCAAAGGUCUGAAAUAAUACUGUAAAAUGAAUAGAUAAUUUUGAAAAUGGUCACUUAAAAAUAGUCGCUAUUUGAUGAAUAGUUUCCUCAAAUUACUUGUUGUACAAUUAUUAUACAGCAAUUAAUUGUUAUGCAAGACAAUAUACAGCUUAAAUUUAAUGAAAUUCUGCAUGUUUUCAGGCAUAUGAAUCUAGUUGUACAAUUAUUAUGGAUUUUUAUUUCAAGAUUCAUAUCAUGUGCAUUUUAUUUAAUAUACAUUAAUUUCUUU